UUUUCUGGUAGGAAUUGGUUCCUUCUGAUCAAAAAAAUAAAAGUCGGCUACCUCCACUCUUCGAACCCUAUUUCCCCACCUCGUCUUCGAGUCAUCACGAUUUUUACCUUUAUUUUACUCAUAUUUUGGAUACAGAUUGUAAUCUGAAUAUGGAUUUGGUGGCUAGUUGCAAGGAUAAGUUGCCAUAUUUUCGAAUAAAAGAACUUAAGGAUGUUCUCAUUCAAUUGGGGCUUUCGAAACAGGGGAAGAAGCAGGACCUUGUUGAGAGGAUAUUAAGUGCUCUCUCUGAUGAACAAGUUGCUAAGAUGUGGGCAAAGAGGACUCCUGUGGGGAAGGAGGAUGUAGCAAAACUUGUUGAUGAUAUAUAUAGGAAGAUGCCAGUUUCUGCCGCCACUGAAUUGGCAUCCAAGGGGCAGGGUAUGUCAGACAGCAGUACUAUUAAAAUUAAAGGAGAAGUGGAUGACUCCUUCCAAACUGAUAUUAAAGUUCGUUGUCCUUGUGGAAGCUCGUUGGAGACUGACAACAUUAUUAGGUGUGAGGAUCCAAGAUGCCAAGUGUGGCAACAUUUUGGUUGUGUUAUAAUUCCAGAGAAGCCUAUGGAAGGAAAUCCGGCAGUUCCUGAUUUCUUUUAUUGUGAGAUUUGUCGACUGAGCCGAGCUGAUCCUUUUUGGCUUACCAUUGCACAUCCUUUAUUUCCAGUGAAGUUGGCUGUUACAAAUGUCCCUACUGAUGGUACAAAUCCAAUGCAAAGUGUGGAAAAAACAUUUCAAAUCACUAGAGCAGACAAGGACUUGCUGACAAAACAAGAGUAUGAUGUCCAGGCAUGGUGCAUGCUUCUAAAUGACAAAGUCCCAUUCAGGAUGCAGUGGCCUCAAUAUGCCAAUUUGCAGGUUAAUGGUGUUCCUGUUCGUGCUAUUAAUAGACCUGUCUCCCAAUUGCUGGGGGCUAAUGGCCGUGAUGAUGGACCAAUUAUAACUCCAUGUACUAAAGAUGGGAUUAAUAAGAUAACUUUGACUGGAUGCGAUGCUCGUGUAUUCUGUUUUGGAGUUAGAAUCGUUAAACGACGAUCUGUUCAACAGAUACUCAACAUGAUUCCCAAGGAGAAUGAUGGUGAACAUCUGGAAGACGCUCUUUCUCGUGUUCGUCGUUGUGUUGGUAGUGGAACUGCAACAGAUAAUGGUGAUAGCGACAGUGACCUAGAAAUUGUUGCAGAUUUUUUUGGAGUCAACCUACGGUGCCCUAUGAGUGGCUCCAGAAUGAAGGUGGCUGGAAGGUUUAAGCCCUGUGUUCACAUGGGUUGUUUUGAUCUUGAAGUUUUUGUGGAGCUUAACCAACGUUCUAGGAAGUGGCAGUGCCCAGUUUGCCUGAAGAACUACUCAUUGGAGAAUGUUAUAAUCGAUCCUUAUUUUAAUCGCAUCACAUCCAAGAUGAGAAAUUGUGGAGAAGAUAUUACAGAGAUUGAGGUCAAGCCUGAUGGUACUUGGCGUGCAAAGGCUAAAAGUGAAAAUGAACGUAGGGAACUUGGUGAUCUUGCACAGUGGCACUCUCCUGAUGGUGCCCUAUGUGAAUCUGGCUGUGUGGAGGAUAAGUCAAAGGCUGAAACUUUGAAGCAGAUCAAACUUGAAGGUUGUUCAGAAGGGCAUGCAGGUUUGAAACUCGGAAUCUGGAAGAAUCACAAUGGGUACUGGCAUGUUAACCCUGAAGACGUAAUCACCCCAUCUGCUAGUAGAUUACAUGAAAGGCCUGAACAUCAUGAGCAGAAACUUAUCCCAAUGAGUAGCAGUGCUGCUGGAAGUGGCAAGGAUAGUGAGGAUCCCAGUGUAAAUCAGGAUGCUGCUGGAACUUAUGACUUUACAAGCAAUGGAGUUGAAUUUGAUUCUGUGCCUCUGAACAUUGAUCCAAGAUAUGAAUUUGCUGACCAAAACCAAUCUGCACCAGCAGGAAAUGCAGAUGUUAUUGUUCUUAGUGAUUCAGAUGAAGAAAAUGAAAUAUUGAUAUCUCCUCCAAAUGCUUAUCAAAACGACGCUGGUGGACUUAGUUUUCCAGUUGCACCUCCUGAAAUUUCUCAACCAUAUUCAGAAGAUCCAUCUCUCGGGCCUGCUGGUAAUUUGGGUCUUUUUACUCCCAAUGAUGAAUUUGACAUGCAUCUUUGGUCAUUACCUCCGGGAAAUCAAGAUGGCUCAGGGUUUCAACUAUUUAGUACAGAUACGGAUGUCUCAGACACCUUAGUUGAUCUGCAGCGUAAUUCUCUCAAUUUCCCUUCAACAUUGAAUGGUUACACAUUGGCUCCCGAGACAACAAUGGGAUCUCCACCCCUAGUCCCUGGUUCUUCCAUUGGUCAGACUGAUACAAAUAUACAUGAUGGCUUGGUGGAAAAUGCCUUCUUUGGUGGAGAAGAUCCCUCGCUUCAGAUAUUUCUUCCAACAUGUCCAGGUGCAUCAGCACAGUCUGAUGUGAGAGAUGAAGCUGAUGUAUCGAACGGCAUCCGUACUGAUGACUGGAUCUCACUUAGGCUUGGAGGUGGGGCAACUGGCGGCCAUGGGGACUCAACAACAACUAAUGGAUUGAAUUCAAGGAAGCAGAUACCUUCCAAAGAGUGUGCUGUGGACACUGGUUCUCUGUUGCUUGGUAUGUACGACAAUAGACAUGGGAAGUCAGGUAGGCAAAUAUCAGAGAGCCCUUUCUCAUUUCCUCGGCAAAAAAGGUCGGUUCGACCGAGAUUGUAUCUUUCUAUUGGCUCAGACACCGAGUAAUUGCAUUUGCUUAAAUUUAUGGAUAAAUCUGGUGAUCUCGUAUGGCCAUUUAAGAUGAAGCUUGAAAGUAAUUUUUUUUUAAGAAAGAAAACACCACCAUUGGAGAAGAAAAAAAGGGAAGCCAGGGGAAAUGUGUUAACAACUUUACCAAGAUCAGGACCGAGCUUGUGGCCUUGAUACCUACAAGUGUUGAAAGCUCAGCUUAUAAUUCUAGUUGUAGGCGUUACAGGCAAGCUGGUGUUUUACCCUAGGGCUAAAACACAGAUGAGAAGGUCGUUUUGAUUUUGAUUAAAACUGUACAGUUAAAUUGGAAUUGGGGAGAAAUAACCCAUCCUGAAGUGAACACAAAAGAAUCCGACCCAUUUUGCCUUUUUUGGUUGGGUUUGUAAAUUCACUCGAAUUCAUAGAGAAACACCUUUUUAUUUUAUUUUGGUUCAUUUUA